UAAUAUUAUUGUGUAAACAUGGAAGGACCACCAGCCAAGAAGAGACGGCCUAAUUUCAGUGAGGCUGAAGUAUACGCUCUUGUGACUGAGGUAGCCAAACGAAAAGAAAUGAUUUUAGGGAAGUUGGACUCAACUAGAUGUACACUUCAACUCAAAAACCAUGCCUGGGGUGAAGUGUUAAAUGCGGUGAAUGCUGUUGGUAGAGUCACCCGCAAUGUUACUGAAAUUCGGCGGAAGUUUUCUGAUCUUCGUGUUAGCGUUAAGAAAAAAGCAGCACAAGAUAAGAAAUAUGCUGGUGGAACAGGUGGCGGCCCCCAAAUUGAAAUUACAUACACUGCAAUUGAAGAAGCAAUUCUUCAACUAUUAGAUCCAGCCUCUAUGCAUGGGAUUCCAGGGGAUGUUGAAAGUGAAGAACCUAUUAAUGAAGAAGAAAGAGAACCAACCCCCGGACCCUCAGGAGCUAGGUUUACAGCUAGUUGUUUCCGAGAGGAAUUUAUGUUUCGGCUCGUUCAAGAGAAAGAUGAUUCUAUAACCCUCAUUCUGAAUGAGGAUAUACAGGAACAUGAUAUCACAGUACCCAUUGUGCAUUUAGAACCUGAAACUUCAGCACCUACAAACAUUCCUGGAUUUUCAUCAUCCGGAACAUAUGAGGUAGAAACAUGUAGUUCAAGCAAUACUCGUCAACCUAUUGCUGCUACCACGGAACAGCGAAGUAGGUCUAGUACCCCUUCUGCCACAGCUGUUAGGUCAACUGUAACUGGUGAUUACACUGAUGAACUGGGUUCAUCUCCAAUGCCAAGUACGAUCAGAAGUGGCAGGAGGCCACGAACCUCUUCUGCCCGAAAAGAUGAAGAUCUUCUUCGAGAGAUGCUUCGUGUUCAAACACAAAUGAGGGACAGUUUUUUUACAGCUUGUAGCUAACACCGAGUGCAUUGCAUCUGCAAUGCUAUGCAUUGCAAAAGUAAUGCAGUCGAAAAUCCUAUCCAAUGAUGCUGUGUUUAUGGUAUGUGUAUAUGUAGUUGUUUACUUAGGUAAGUCCUUUACUUUUGGUAAAUGUGAUAAUAGCGUAGUUGAAAAGUCAUCAAACAUUUAUUGUAAAUUUUCCUUUCAGUGAUUGUUAUGAAGGAAGACGGCAUGUUAAAAAAUUGUGUAACUUUCACUUGCAGCCUAUACUAGUCAUGAAAAUGUAACAGGAAUAUUUAGCUCUCCAUAACUUCAUUAAAAUCACGAAGUUAAGUGAAAGACACACAUUUGUCAACUAAUAACAUGGGUUGCAGUGCUACUACGGGUAAUGUUUACCCAGGUUUUGGGUAAAAGUUCCUACCACACUCAAAAUUAUAUGUUUGAAAACAGGCUCAUGUACUUAUUUUUAUUUUUUAAAGGUUCCUUUAUUUUGUAAGACGUAGUCAAUUUCCAGUUCAACGAGUUUUAUUUAUUAGUUUGUAGUUUGCGAAGUAUGAUUCAAGUAGGUUGAAACAGAAAUAAUGGUGCAAAUUCACCAACAGCCUACUGUAAUCGCUGCUAUUUAACACACAUUAGUCUCCAAAGAGCAAGUUGUUGCAUUGGUUCUUUCAUAAGGAUGUGCUGUCUCAUGUUACAUUUUAUAGCUUAACAAGCAAAGA